AUGGCUCAGGUUGCAGCAGUCAAAUUUGGUGCUGAGCUCAAGGACGGUUACAAGCCGGUCGACAACUGGGUAAACCUGGGCAUUACGUGGCUCACCGAGAUCCAGGAAUUCUACCAGGAACGGGCCGCUAUAGAAAAGGAAUACAGCCAGAAGUUGACCACUCUGGCAAAGAAAUACUACGACAAGAAAUCAAGAAAGUCCAGCAACCUCAGCGUCGGCGACAAUCCUGCCUUGACCCCGGGUUCUUUAGAGUCCGCCUCUCUCACAACAUGGACCACCCACUUAUCCACGCUCGAGGCGCGAGCAAACGAACACGCCAAAUUCUCCAAAGAUCUCCUAAGUCAAGUUGCGACGCCACUAGAGUACAGCGCCUCGAAACUUGAGGAGCUGAGAAAAAGCCACGCCGAAUAUAACGCCAAACUUGUCAAAGAGAGGGAUUCAUCUUACGGCGAUCUGAAGAAAUUGAAACAAAGAUAUGAUGCUGUCUGUCAAGAGGUCGAGAAUCGAAGAAAGAAGGCCGAAUCGUCCAUGGACAAGAGCAAGGCUCAAAGCACGUACAACCAACAGUUGAUGGAAAUGAACAAUGUGAAGAACACAUAUCUGAUUGGCAUCAAUGUCGCGAAUAAGAUGAAGGAAUGCUAUUACCACGACUACGUGCCAGAAUUACUCGAUUCCUUGCAGGAUUUGAACGAAACCCGUGUCUCGAAACUGAAUUCGAUAUGGCUGGUCGCCGCGGCACUCGAGACCAAUACUCUCAAGCGGAGCACUGAUCUCAUGACUCGUCUUUCGAACGAGAUUCCACGAAACAACCCAAGUCUCGAUAGUAAUAUGUUUGUACGGCAUAAUGCUGUACAGUGGCAGGAACCUUCUGACAUUGUCUUUGAACCGUCUCCGGUGUGGUUGGAUUCAGACAAUAUGAUGACCGAUGACGCGUCCAAAGUAUUCCUUCGGAAUAUUCUGCAGAAGAGCAAGCCGCUCAUCAAUCAACUCAAGGCGGAGUCGGCUCAGAAAAAAAGAGAGCUGGAAAAUGUCAAGCUGGCCCGGCGAGAGGGCAAAGACAAGCGCGACGAAGUCGAAUCGGUGCGAUUGCAAUUUGCCCUGCAGGAAGAGUUGCACACCGUCGAGCGGAAGCGGCUGACGGCGGAAGUGGAGACGUCGACAAUCACCUCAGUCGUGGGCGAUCUUAGCAUGUAUGGCAAGAGCCACACCUUCAAAUCCGAGACGUUCAAGAUCCCCACCAAUUGUGAUCUCUGUGGCGAUCGAAUCUGGGGUCUGAGUGCCAAAGGGUUUAUAUGUACUGAUUGCGGCUUUACGUGUCACAGCAAGUGUCAUAUGAAAGUGCCUGCGGAUUGUCCCGGAGAGCAGACCAGAGAAGAGAAAAAGAAAUUGAAGGCGGAACGACAAGCGGCAGCCCUGAUGGCCGUGGAGGCCCCUCCACCUGCCUCAAACGGCGCUACCUCUCCUCCUCCCUUGGUGAGGCAAGAUACAAUGAGCAGUCUGUCGUCUGGCUAUGCGGCCAGUGCCACGAGGUCAUUGUCUGGCGGUGUUCCAAGGCUUUCGGCAAUGGAUGAUUCAGUCACGACCUCCCCAUUAACAACUAUUACUUCCAACUCCGGAUCAGCGACAAUUGCCGCCCCGAGACGGAACAGGAUUGUCGCACCACCUCCAGCAGCGUACGUCAGUGCACCUGGCGUUGACUUGGCUGCCAACGGGAGUAGCCAGCUCAGGGGUAAGAUGCUCUAUCCCUAUGAAGCAAGAGACGAGGGAGAAAUAUCUCUUUCUGAGGGAACGGAGGUGAAGAUACUGGAACCUGACGACGGCGGCUGGACCAAAGUCCACGCUGGCUUCGGCAAGGAAGGCCUAGUGCCCACAGCUUACCUAGAGGAAUUGCCCACUGCUGCUAGCACCCCCGCGCAAGAGCGCCCACCAUCACUAUACUCCAAUUCGAGUGCCUCACUGGCCUCUUCCACCCUGGCUGGCGCGGGCAAGAAAAAGCAAGGCCCAGCAGUGGCGCCCAAACGAGGAGCGAAGAAAGUGAAAUAUGUCGAAGCCCUCUACCCCUACACAGCCCAGAGUGAUGCUGAGUUCGACAUGGCCGAAGGGGAGAGAUUCAUCUUGAUCAGUAUGGGCACCGGAGAUGGCUGGGCCGAUGUCGAGAAGAAUGGCGAGACAAGAAGUGUUCCCGCCAAUUAUAUCCAGGAGGUCUAG